UGAAGUUUAGUUUGCGCUCGGUGUCGGUACAUCAGCAGUGAAAUGUAUAGCUGCAUCGAUGUAAUUUGGGAAUCAAGAAUUUGUUAGUGUACAGACACUCCCAAAUAAAUAUAGAAAAUAAAGUAAGUUGAUGAGAAAAGUAAAGCCAAAAAUAAAGUGAAGUUUAUAGAUGAGUGACCAAGGAUGAUGCCAAAACACAAAGAAUUCAAGUUUGUAACACUCCUGAUAGAAGGUUUCAAAAUGGAGUAGAUAUACAUUUGUUGUUGUUAUAAAGAAAGGCAACGUGUGUUUGCCGUUUGCUGUAAUAAAUAAUAACAGACACCGCUCUGUGCAUAUCAUAUUUCACAUCAAAACCAUUUCCCAUGGUUGGCAAAUAGUGUGUAUGUUCCUUGUGCAGAAAACCACUAGUUCUUGGAUGCUGGGAUCUAUGUAUGACCUUUGUGUAUCGAGAUAUUCAAAAUCAUUCACCGAAUAUCGAUGUAAGUGAUGUGGAUGCGGAACGAAGUGGAUUCGGUGCACGCCAUCACCAAGGCUAGGAGCAUGCACCGGGCGUCUUCAUGGUGGUAAAACCCUUUCAUGGUGCAACGGUGGGCCGCACCGUGGCAGGCAUUUGGCUGCUGCUUCUAGCGGGGCUGUGGGGGCGCGCUUCUGCAGGCAUUCUGCUAGCGCAUUACCCUGGCCCCGCCGAUCCCCCCAUGCGUUUCACUCACAUGGCCGUGGACCAGAAAACCAAGCGAGUUUACGUCGGAGGGACCAACCACAUCCUCCAGUUGGACCCGGACUUGCGCCUGGAACACCUAGUGACCACCGGCCCGAAGAAUGACAGUCCCCUGUGCCACGCGACGGGGUGUAGCGACCCCGGCAUCCCCGUUUCGUUGAUGGACAACUACAACAAGAUUCUGCUUAUAGAGCCCGAGUCUAGGACUUUGAUCGCUUGCGGGUCUCUCUCCCAAGGCGCUUGCUACAAGUAUAAGCUGAGUAAUAUCAGUGCCGAGGCCGAUUUCAUCCCGAAGAGCAUAGCGGCGAAUGACGCCAAUGCUUCCACUUACGCCUACAUAGGCCCUAAGAAAUACAAUUUAUGGGGACGUUCGAAUAUUCUCUAUGUAGGAACCACCUUCACUAACAAUGGAGAGUAUAGACACGACGUUCCAGCCAUAGCGAGUCGGGACCUGGAUUCGCUAGAAAUAGCAGAGUAUUCGUUUAGCAAGCAGUCCCUUUUGAGCAUUGACGUUAAGUAUAGAGAUCACUUUAUCGUACAAUACGUAUACGGUUUCAAUGCUAGUGACUAUGCGUAUUUCGUUAUCGUUCAGAAACAGUCACAUUUGCCCGGUCAAGAGGAACAAGGUUACGUCUCCAGGUUGUCGAGGACCUGCAUCAACGAUGCGAAUUACGACAGUUACACGGAGGUUACACUGCAAUGCACCGAUUCGGAUAUGAAAUACAACUUAGUGCAAGAUGCUAAGAUCGCAUUUGCCGGAGAGGAACUAGCCACAGCGUUAGGUAUAUCGGUGGGUUCUCCGGUGUUAGUAGCGGUGUUCCGACCCGCCAAGGGAAUCACCAACGAGCCCCAGAACUACUCGGCACUAUGCUUGUACCCAUUAAGGGACAUUGAAGGGAAAUUUAUCGAAAACAUCCACAUGUGCUUUAACGGUAGCGUUAAGUACCGCAAUAUGGGGUAUGUGUCCGGUCCGAUUCUGGACGGUAAGUGUCCUAAUAGCGGGUCGGCCGGGAAUAUUCCUAACUUCUGUGAAGUUGGACUGAAAAUCAGUGGGGUGACACCUUUGGUUACGACGGCGGCUCUCACUUUUCCCAACACCUCUCUAUCCUCCGUGACGACUGCGUCCACGGGAAGGCACGUUUUGGCUUUUCUAGGUACAACAGACGGCAAAAUAAAAAAGGUGCUGCUUUCCGGACCGGAACCGCCAGAGUAUGAAGAAGUUGUCGUCGACAAGGGGAACAGUAUUUUGCCAGAUACGAUUCUGUCACCCUCGGGUGACUACCUCUAUGUUCUCUCGACUGCCAAGAUUUCCAAAAUUAAUGUGGAACAUUGCAGUACGUACAGCAACUGUUCUUCGUGUCUUGAAUCCAAAGACCCCUAUUGUGGAUGGUGUUCUCUAGAGAAAAGGUGUACAAUCCGCAGCGCUUGCCAGAAAGCCUCCCACAGCGCGCCACGCUGGCUCUCUCUGGGGACGGGCCAGCAGUGCAUUGAUUUCGAGCAGGUUCUUCCGGAACGUAUACCGAUCAAUCAAAUGACAAACGUCCGCUUAACCAUAAGAACUCUCCCCGAACUUCCGUAUGGCGCUAAAUACAAGUGCGUGUUCGGCUCUGCCGAGCCGAUCGAUGCCGAGGUAACAGAAUUCGGACUGUCUUGUCUCACCCCGGAAAUAUCCAGACGUCCUAGGAUACCGCCGAAGAUGGACCACGUCUUAGUACCGCUCAGUGUAAGAUCUUCGGAAACGAACAAGGAUUUCGUUUCAAGGAACUUUGCCUACUACGAUUGCGAGAAACACGCAACUUGUGGAGAGUGCGUUCGAUCGAAGUGGGCUUGCAAUUGGUGCGUUUACGAAAAUAAAUGUAUGCAUAACAUUUCCACAUGUCAACGGAGCAUUAUCAGCGGAGAAAACAAUCCGAUUCGUUUGGCAAAUCAUGGCUUCGCGUACUGUCCGCAAUUCAAAAAACGAGACGUUAUACUACUGCCGAACAAUGUACUUAAAGAAAUCGUGUUCGAUGUUAAAAACUUGCCGCACCCACAACCAGGGCAUACAGGUUUCCAGUGUAUAAUCGUCAUCGAGGGUGCUACAAUGUUAGUUCCGGCUAGAGUCGAAGGGAAAAGCGUCAUAGUUUGUGAUAAAACAACGUAUUCGUACGAAGCUAACGAGGGAGAGAACGAGGCGAGCGUUAAAGUUGUAUGGAAUCGUAAUCACCACGUGGAUUCAAUCAAUGUUAUUUUGUAUAAAUGUGAUAUUUUGGGGUCGCAUAGGGAACACGCCGAUUGUUCGUUGUGCGUCACAAGAAAUUCCAAGUACCAGUGCACUUGGUGUGAGAAUUCUUGUCAGUAUGCGGAAAGUUGUCAGCACACUCCCCAUAUCGAGUGCCCGCGUCCCAGAAUCGACAUGAUAAAACCUCUGAGCGGUCCCAUCGAAGGCGGAACGUUAGUAACAAUAGAAGGUAGUAAUUUAGGCCUUAAAAAGGAAGACGUGUUGGGGAAGAUAAAAAUAGGCCAAGUCCCCUGCGUCCUGGUGAACUACGAGGUGUCCGUUAAAAUUCAAUGCGUCACCGGCCCUUCCCGAGCGGAGAUGACAGCGCCUAUAAAAGUCGGCAACGAAGCGGGCUUCACGGAAUCCUCCGUCGAAUUCAGUUACAAAGACAUCAGGCUCUCCGGAAUAUACCCUUCCAUCGGCCCGCAGUCCGGCGGUACGCAAUUGGCUAUAACCGGUCAAUAUUUGAACAUCGGCUCGGAGAUAACGGCGUACCUAGACGAGUAUUUGUGUCAGGUUAACCUGACUCAAGCGUCGAGCGGGCGGUUAACGUGCAUAACCUCGAAAGCGCAAAGGCCGACGAAUAUAGCCAAACUAACUCUGAGUAUAGAUGGCGCUAACCGCACCUUAGAAGGAAAUCCUUUUAACUACACGCAGGACCCGACGAUCAUGGAAAUCAAGCCUCUGAACAGUUUCGUGUCGGGCGGGAAGAUGAUCUUCGUGCACGGCACGAACUUGGACAGCAUACAGAAGCCCGAGAUGGAGAUUUAUUCGUACACGGAGCCUAGCGUGCCGAUAAAUCGGACGAUUUGUACCGUGCUAAGUGCUACGCAAAUGGAAUGCCCCAGUCCGCCGGUGAACCGCCACUUUUUGUCUUACAGCAGUAGAAGCAAGAGGUCGCUUCGUAAACCGGCCGCUAUAAAGAUGAAGGAGCCCAAAUUAACGCUAAAAAUAGGCUUUCUCAUGGAUAACGUUCAGUCGGUGAGGGAUUUGGAAAAGCACUUCCCGAAUCUGCGGUUUCAGUUGUUGUACGUCGAAGAUCCGAAGUUCUUUAAAUUCCCCAGUCAAGUUAAACUGUACAAAGGCGAUACACUGGUUAUAGAAGGUGAAAACUUGAAUUCGGCUAGCGACGAGGCGGACGUAGUGGUCACGAUUGGCACGAAACCGUGUAACGUCACCAGUUUGGCGAUGACCCAACUCGUGUGUUCCCCGCCCGAGCAACAGCCUAUGGACACCGAUGAGAAUGGAUUUAAGACUGAAAUGAACCUUCCCCUGGUCGUGGUUAGAGUAGGAAAGAGUUUAAGGUUUCCUAUAGGUUAUCUCCGUUACGACAUAUUUAAAACUUUCGCUUUUCCCCCGGAAGCUAUAAUAAUGAUAGCCGUGGGUAUAUUAUUAUUCGUACUGUUUUUCGUUGCCGUUUUGUUCGUGUACCGAAGGAAAUCCACGCAAGCAGAGAGGGAAUACAAGAGGAUCCAGAUUCAGAUGGAUACUUUGGAGAGCAACGUUAGGUCUGAAUGCAAACUAGCUUUCGCAGAGUUGCAAACGGAUAUGACUGAUCUCACCGCCGAUUUGGAAAAUUCCGGUAUUCCGACCCUGGACCACACCAGUUACAUUAUGAAAGUUUUCUUUCCCGGCGUUAGUGACCACCCGAUUUUAAACGCCCCUAAGGUCAGGAUAAACGGCCCGAGAACGAACUAUGACACGGCUAUGCUUCAGUUCGAGCAACUAAUCAAUAACAAAUAUUUUAUAUUGACUUUUAUAGAAAUUUUAGAAUCCCAGAAGUCUUUUAAUAUUAGGAAUAAAGUAAACGUAGCGUCCUUACUAAUGGUAGUGUUAAUGAGUAAAAUGGAAUAUGCAACGGAUAUUCUAAAAAGUUUAUUAUUGCGUUUAAUAGAUAAGUCUGUAAAUACGAAACACCCACAACUAAUGUUAAGAAGAACGGAAAGUGUGGUAGAGAAAAUGUUGACGAACUGGAUGGCUCUCUGUAUGUACCAUUAUCUCAAGGAAUACGCGGGUUCCUCCUUAUUUUUGUUAUUCAAAGCCAUCAAACACCAAAUUGAAAAAGGACUCGUCGAUGCCAUAACACACGAUGCUAGAUAUUCCCUGUCUGAGGAGCGACUUCUAAGAGAAAACGUCGAACAUAGCUUUGUGACGUUGCAUAUCGUCCAGGACGAUCUCGACGAGAAGAUACAGUGCAAAGUGUUAGACUGUGAUACCAUCAGUCAGGUGAAAUCAAAAAUUCUAGACGCUCUCUUCAAGAACACCCCCUUCUCGUUGCGCCCCUCCAUCUACGAAGUAGACUUGGAAUGGAGGCACGGCCGCGGCGGUCACUUAACGCUGCAAGACGAAGAUCUAACCACUAAGACCAUCGGCGGUUGGAAAAAGUUGAAUACGUUGGCACAUUACGGUGUUAAGGAAAGCGCGGUUAUGUCUCUAAUCUCCCGCCAAAACGAUAGCUUUAAUAAUUGUAAACAACCUUGCCAUAAUUGCGUCACGGGAAUGUAUUUGAACAAUUCCCAGUCCCCUAUUAUUACUACGAACGGUGACAUUGAAACCGGGAACAACCCUCGAAUCUACCACUUGGUCAAGCCGAUCGAAGAUCACCAGUUUCCGAACAAUAAGUUGAUAGAGCGUACGCAUAAAGCUAUUCCGGAAAUAUUUCUUACGAGACUAUUAUCCACUAAAGGCACCAUUCAGAAAUUUGUCGACGAUUUUUUUCUAACGAUCCUAACGGUGAACGAGGCGUUACCGCCGGCCGUUAAAUGGCUUUUCGAUCUUCUCGACGACGCGGCUAGGAAACACGGUAUACAAGAUCCCGAGGUCGUGCACGCUUGGAAAUCUAACAGUCUUCCUCUAAGGUUUUGGGUUAAUUUUAUUAAGAAUCCCGACUUUAUUUUUGAUAUAAAUAAAACCACGACGUUGGAUUCUUGUUUGUCCGUCAUAGCCCAGACAUUUAUGGACUCCUGCUCUACCACGGAACACCGCCUUGGAAAGGACUCGCCCUCAAACAAACUCCUUUUCGCCAAGGAUAUACCGAGAUAUAGGGAAAUGGUGGCGCAAUUUUACAGCGAUGUCGCGAUGUUGCCGGUUAUAACUGACCAAGAGAUGGGAUCUGCGAUGCAGCAGUUGUCUGCGCAACAGGCCGAGGAGUUCGAUACUGUGGCAGCUUUGAAAGAACUCUACAUCUAUGUAACAAAAUAUAGAGAGCCAAUUCUCGAAGCGCUGACAACGGAUCCAAACUGCAGGCGUUUGCAUCUGGCCCAGAAAUUGGACAGUGUGGCAUACACGUUGGGAGGGGAGGAAACUUCUGCCUGCUGACCUAAUCAGUCACCUGAUCCCCUGCUGCCCAGAACCUUGGCGCCCUGAUUCCAUGCGUAUUGUACACAUACAUGCUUUUCACGAAAAUUGGCCGAGUAAUUUUUCAUUAAUACGUUUUGAUUUGUUAAUUUUCGAAGUUCGUCCGAUGAUACGGUUCAAAAUAAUUACCAUGGGUAUUUGUCUUCUUAAAAAUUAUCGUUUUUGUUGCAAUGGACUAAACGUGUUCUGUUGCAGUUAGACUAGUGCGGAAAAAGCAUGUUUGUGUGUUCGAGCGUGUUAUACUGUGAUAUGGCGCACGAUCAGGUGACUGUGAUUGGAUGAGUACUUACCCUCCAGCGGCUGCUAGUUUCCUUUCCGAGUGCCUCGCUACGCUGAUGGGACGUGACAAGGACAGUGUAUACGCGCCGUGGCGCAAUUUUGUAGCGCACUUUUGUUCGGUCCGGUUAGCCUAGUUUAAAGUAGAAUUAAUAGGACAUUUGUUCUACAUGUAUUCGACUGAUAUAUAACAUAAAUAUUUACUUUGGGUUUUCUAUUCGGAACGGUUGGGAAAGUAUUUAAAACGACACUGCCGUAGGCGGAAUCUCAAACUGAUGAAAAUCACCCUCACAUUGCCAUAUCUUUAAUAAACAAAGGUAAUUUAGGUAUAACGUGAGCAAAGAAGAAAACAACAAAAGAAAACAUGUUUAAAUAUUAGAGAUGGGCACUUUCGGAAAACUUUGUUACGGACAUGUCGAUGAAAUGUCCGGACAUGUCGGGAAAAGUACUUUUGACCUUGAAUUUAGACUUUUAGACUGGUUUCUAAUUUUCCCCGAACAGCCAAUACACUUUUUUAAAUGUUUUUCCAUCCUACUGGAAUUCUUAAAAAUUGUUUUUGAGUAGAAGUUACAUUUAUAA